AUGAAAAUAUAGACAUGCGCGCAUACACCGUCGUGAGUGGGCGUGCAUAGCUUUCUGAAAACUAAAAAACAAGCAAUUGUCAACUGCUGAAAGCAGAGCGGGUGUUUUGGACGACCACAUUGAACAGUGAAAGUUACAUGGUGUGCUCGAUCAGCUAAUAACAUCAGUUGAACGGGCUAUCAGUGGCUGGAUUGGGCGGGCCUUUGAGUAGCGCGUGCGUCCGGCGAUUGGUCGUCGCCUGCAGGACACGCCCCCGAUCGGUUGGCCGGCAGAAGGCACGUCACUCCGGCGUGGCCCCGCUCACCGCGAGGAGAGGUCCCGCCCGGCCAGGCCCGCCACGUAAUGUAAGUACUCAACGCGUUGGUGUCCCGAAUCGGACACAGAUCGCUGUCUUAGGAGCUCGAAGGCCGUAGCGCCAAAAAUGUCCCGAGGGUAGCCUCCAGCAGCGACUGGGUUGAUGCUCCAGUACGCAUCGGCUUCUGGCGAUACCCCGGUCGCGUGUAGUUUGGAAAGGUACUGUGGCGGUUCAGUUGGGCGCUUUCGCAGAUUCCGCUAGUGUUCUGACACGGAAUCGACCUUACUUUCCAGAAUGGCGCUCUGGGUACGCGUGACGACGGUGCUGACGGCUCUAGCGCGCAGUGCCCACCCAGCUACUGUUAACCUGCUGUUUAUCAAUGAGAAAAACAAUACCAUGGCACCAAGCGCUAUCGAUGCUGCAAUAAGUGACAUUGCUGACCAGAACAUUGGCAUAAGUGUGAACAAGUACAUGGUUGAAAACAUGGAAGAUGAAUACCUGGCAACCACGGACAUUUGCGACCAGGUGAAAACGGCUAUAGACGCCGGCAAGCGGCCUCACCUAAUUGUUGACACCACACUGAGCGGCACCAGCUCCGAGAUAGCCAAGUCUGUCUCCAAGGCGCUGGCUAUUCCCACCGUCAGCGGCUCCUACGGUGACGUUGGUGACCUCAGGCAGUGGCGAAACCUGACGACGGAGGAGCAGAAGUACCUGGUGCAGAUCCUGCCGCCCGCAGACAGUGCCGUCCAGGUUAUUCGCAAGAUCGUCAUGGACCAGAACAUCACCAGUGCCGGCAUCAUCUUUGACGACUCGUUCGUAAUGGACUACAAGUACAAGUCGCUGCUGCAGAAUGUGCCAUGCCGCCACAUCAUCAGCCACCUACCUGCCGGUAACGAGAGCGCCGCGCUGGCGCAGACGGCGCGCUUCAAGCAGGCAGACCUGGUCAACUUCUUCGUAAUCGGCCGGCCCGAUACUGUCAAGCUCGUGCUCCAGGCCGGAAACAUGCACAAGCUGUACGGCAGAAAGUAUGCCUGGUUCGUCAUCAGUAAGGACACGGACCCUGUACAGUGCGCCUGCACCAAUGCCACGGUAAUCCACAUCGUACCGAACCCAUCAGCAGCCGCCCAGCAGCGGCUGGAGGCGCUCAAGGUCAACCAGGGCCUGUCGGCUGAGCCACGCAUCGACGCCGCCUUUUACUUCGACCUGACGCGGAAGGCUAUCCAGGCGGUCAACGACAUGAUGGUGGCUGGCCAGUUUCCCAGCGACUACUCGGUGCCCACCUGCGAAGCCUACCAAAAUGGAGACCGGCAAACCAGGACCAACCUGGAUCUGAUGGGUGCGCUUCAAAGAAUCAGCGUCGCGGACACGUACGGGCAAAUGGCGCUGACAUCCAACGGCAUGUCACACAUGGAGUUCUCGAUGAAGCUGUUCAAGACGCACAUCCUCUCCUCCCGCGUGGUCAGCCGCGACGCCGUCGGCAUUUACACAACCGGAACUCCGGUCGGCGAAUUCAGCGAACUCAACCAGGAGGCCUUCAACAGCUUCAAGGCGGUUACAGUCUACAAGAUUGUUACGCUAGAGCAACCACCAUUCAUUAUCAAGAAGGGCAAAGAUGCAAACGGAAAGACGAUUUUUGAUGGGUAUUGUAUCGAGCUGCUUCACGACAUCCAGGAAAUUCUUAACUUUGAGUACGAUAUCUACGAAGUGGAGGACGGAAAAUAUGGCGUGAUGGACGAGAACAAUGAAUGGAACGGCAUGAUCCGCGAGCUGGUGGACAAGAAGGCGGAUAUCGCAUUAUCGGCGCUGUCCGUGAUGGCGGAGCGAGAGAACGUCGUCGAUUUCACCAUUCCCUACUACGACCUGGUGGGCAUAACCAUUCUUAUGAAGAAGCCGAAGGCUACGCCAUCCCUUUUCAAGUUCCUGACAGUGUUGGAGACGGACGUCUGGGGCUGCAUUCUCGGAGCGUACUUCGUCACCAGCAUUCUGCUCUAUGUCUUCGAUCGCUUCAGUCCCUACAGCUAUCAGAACAACAAGGAGAAGUACCUGGAGGAUGACGAGAAAAGGGAGUUCAGCAUCAAGGAGAGUCUGUGGUUUUGCAUGACUUCCUUGACGCCGCAGGGAGGAGGCGAGGCGCCGAAGAACAUGUCGGGACGUCUGGUGGCCGCCACCUGGUGGCUCUUCGGUUUCAUCAUCAUCGCCUCCUACACGGCCAACUUGGCUGCUUUUCUUACCGUGUCUCGACUGGAUUCUCCCAUUGAAUCGCUGGAGGGACUCGCCAAGCAGUACAAGGUACAAUACGCUCCAAUGAAUGGCACAUCAACAAUGAACUACUUCAAACGAAUGGCCUACAUAGAGCAGAAAUUCUAUGAAAUCUGGAAGGAUAUGUCGCUGAACGACAGCAUGACCGAGGUUGAGCGAGCCAAGCUGGCCGUUUGGGACUACCCAGUCAGCGACCGCUACACCAAGAUGUGGAACGCCAUGCAAGAGGCCGGCCUGCCGGACGACUUCGAGUCGGCCGUGUCGCGCGUUCUGGACAGCCCCUCCACCAGCGAGGGGUUCGCUUAUCUCGGGGAAGCAACCGAGGUAGACUACCGUGUCAUGACCUCCUGUGACUUCAUCUCUGUUGGAGACCAGUUUUCCCGCAAGCCGUACGCCCUCGCUGUGCAGAAGGGCUCACCCCUCAAAGACCAGCUCUCGGAAGCGAUUCUUAAACUGCUGAAUCGGCGCAAGCUGGAGGUGCUGAAGGAGAAGUGGUGGAACCAAAACCCGGCUCGGAAAUAUUGCGAACGAGAAGACGACCAAUCGGAGGGCAUUUCCAUCCAGAACAUCGGUGGCGUGUUCAUCGUCAUAUUCGUGGGCAUCGCGCUGGCCUGCAUCACGCUGCUGGGCGAGUACUGGUACUACAAGUACUGGAAGCCCAGUCGGGUCACCAGCCCGCAGAACCCCAAGAUCCUGGCGGUGCGCCCCGAUCCAGCAGCCAAGACCAACUUCAACACCGAGUACAAGUCGCGGCCCGGCGACCAGCCGUACGAACUUAACGCCUCUGGGAACCCCUGGUGAACGCGCAUGCUGGCGUGUGCGACCGCAGCAGGCUGAUCUGCGACCCUGCGCGCACCGCGAGCAGCGUGUGGUGAUCAUCCAAGAAACAAGACGUUGACGUCCCUGGCGCCGGCAUGUUGCAUGCGAACAGCACGCUCACACACCCACGCCGCUGUGGUGCCGAGACACCGUGUCAGGCGGGUGCAGGCGCGAGUUGAGCACGGUGUCAAGCAUUGUUGUCUUCACCGCGCGCGAUGCAUGGUUCACGUACACCGCCGCGCACGACAGGCUGUACUCGGCUAGGCGCACACGACCGUGGUGUAUGCGUGUUGUAAGUGUCCGCGGUGUCCCGGAUGUACGGCACGCGGGUUAUUUGUCGGGCCCUCUUUGGCGCCAGUUCGAGCUGCCAUUGGGCGGCGAAUGCCGCUUUGUGACACACUGAGAACAGCCUCUGAGUUUCAAGGCAAGAGUCUUUGUCAUGACCCUGGUAUAUUAAAAGUUAAUGUACCGCAGAGGUGUAAUGUGAUUUGGAGCAGCGAGUGCGUCUUACGCCUGCUGCUGGGAGAGGCGACAUCGCAAGCCUAGCCAUACGCACAUGUGCACUUCAGCUUCGUCAUCGUUUAUAUGUGUACAAAGCUGUGCGCACACGGGCGGUGUUAGGAGUAAGAAGAAUACCCUCCGAAACCUGAGAUACUUGCGUGUACGUUUUAUGUUCCAUGUUCUCGGUCGCUGACAGUCGAUUACGAUGGCAAAUGUCCACUCUCUAUUCGCGCUUCGAUUUGCAUUAAUCUUAGCUGGACAACCAACUCCGUUUCCCUGCUACUGCUAUCAUGCAUGUCACUGCGAAAAACGACGACGAAAAUUGUUCAGAAAUAAAGGUUCCC